UGACUGGUUUGCGAUUGCCGGAUUGCCAACCUUGGAGGUCGGAUCAGACCAUGAUUGCGUUCGACUACAAUAGAAGAGAGCAAUAGCGACCACUCCCUGCUCAUUGCCAACACGGGGCCCCGCUCAUUGUGAAAUCAACAUACUACGGCUCUGUGAGAGAGACGGGCAACAACAGCACUGGCAAUGGCUGCCCCGGCCUUCAGGACCCGGUCGGGUCUGCUGCUCUCGGCACGACGGUCGGUGAUCGAUUGGCAAGGGCUAUGGACGCCCAGUGGUAGAUGCGUGUCUCCGGUACCCUCCAGUUUGCGCCAUAAGGGCUCGGCGUUGGCAAGAGCGAUGAACAAGCGUGCGUCUAAACAAACAGGCAAUGCACCCACGGUACAGGCGAGGGCGAACAUGAAGCACGAGUGGAACGACUCGAGCUCUAUAACCAUGAUGUUGCCAGGAACCUUCGUCCGGCCACCCCUGUCCCGCUUCCCGCGCUCGCCAAAGCCCUUCUUCCGCUUCGUAUCCGCCUGGAUCAAGCAGAGGGUCCGCGACUUCCUCACCGUCCAGUUCUAUCGGUUCUCGACCAAGCCCAAGAUCUGGAAGGCGCCCGUCUUCCGGCCCCAUAAGCGGAAGAUCCUGCCGACGGCCAAGGCCCUGCACAGCGCCAUGUCGGAGGCGCUGGCGCGGGGCGACAAGGAGGCGCUGCGGCGCGUGUGCUGCGCGCCCCUGUACCAGCGCCUCUGCGGCACCAUCGAGAGGAGGCCCGCCGGCCGGCGCUACAGCUGGGAGCUGGUGCGGUACAACAAGGCGUGGCUGUACCCGCGGCUCGUGGACGACAAGAUCGCCGUCGAGCAGGGUUCCGUGUUCGCGCGGCGCCAGGCCGUCGUCGCCAUAGCCAGCCGCCAGCGCCGCGUCGACAUCGACGACACCCGCGGCGGCGGCGGCCGCGCCGUGCCCGGGAGCGAGAAGGAGGCGGACCUGGUCGAGUACCUCGUGCUGAGCGCCAGCAUCGACCCCCGGACGAGCCUGCAGAACGAGUGGCGCAUUUUUGGCACCGUCAACCCUACCACGCUGGAGAGCUACGAGAGCGAGGUCGCGCUCCUAAAGCAUGCGCAGGACCUCGAGCUGCAAAAGUACAAGUCAUGA